GGCGUGCGGUGGAUUCUGAGCAGGAUCCUGUGGCGGAUUCUGCGUUUGUCCAAUGAGCAGUCACCAUUAUCAACCAAUCGAAGCGGUCCCUGUCUAGACAUUUUUGUGCCGUGUGCAAACAGUACGGUCAUUGACCAAUAGCGAACCGCGUAAUAUUGGCGGGUCUGCAGCAGGAUCCCGAACAGAAUUCCUCAUUUGCAUAGGGUAGGGUAUAUAAACGUCAGAAUUGCUGUUGGCGUUAGGUUUAUCAGUUAUUCUGAGACGUCACUAUGCCACCCAAGCCAAGCGGAAAGGGACAGAAGAAAGCGGGCAAGGCCAAGGGCGCUCCCCGCACGGACAAGAAGAAGAAGCGCAAGAGAAAGGAGAGCUAUGGCAUCUACAUCUACAAGGUGAUGAAGCAGGUGCAUCCUGACACCGGCAUCUCAAGCCGUGCCAUGAGUAUCAUGAACAGCUUCGUGAACGACAUCUUCGAGCGCAUCGCUGCCGAAGCUUCACGUCUGGCCCACUACAACAAGAAGUCCACCAUCACCAGCCGUGAGGUCCAGACCGCUGUCCGUCUCCUCCUGCCCGGUGAGCUGGCCAAGCACGCCGUCAGUGAAGGCACGAAGGCUGUCACCAAGUACACCACCUCCAAAUAAGCAGUGUUUGCGUCGACUUCAAACAAACCGGCUCUUCUAAGAGCCACCAAAUGUUCAAAAAAGAGAUAGACCUGCGUUCUGUCUUAUCAUGUACCCAGUAACAACAUGACCCCACCGUCUGUAAGUUUCCUAACAAAACAAUUUGUACAGGUGAUCUUCAGUGGAUAAAAUAAAAAUAAAUUUGAACUCUUAAAAAACCAGAUACUGUUUCUGAGUUCGUAUCAGGUCUAGAACUGGCAUACAGUACAGAGUUCACUGCACAAGUCGGGCAAGAAAGAUAUCCCCUCCUACAGUCCCCUUAUGGCUUUGGUUAAACUUGUUUUCGUACGCAAUGCCGUGAAAAAAGUAGGAACUUGUAUAUAACACCUCAACACAAAUUUUCGUGAAGUGUCUUGAGCAUCUUAGGCAGAUUUCAAUACAGCCAUACUGCUGCUUAGUUCAAAGUCACUCUUUCCCGGGGGAAAAACUCACGCUUGAUUUAUUACAUGACAAUUCUCUCACCUUGACCUUAAACCUUCCCUGACAUAUCCCCCCCCACGUAUCACAAACUCCUGUUUGUUUUCCAUUUUUUGUCCGCUACUUUUUUGUACGCUCGUGAAAAUAAUGAAACUUAUGGACGGCCCCUUACCACUCCGCGCUGUUUUAGCGUCGCCAUGUUUUUCCACUUAUUUGCUCCCAUGGAGCUAUUACAUGUGUAUAAUAAAAAUCACUUAUGUGCUUCGAACCGAUAAAGGGGAGUCGAUUUUGAGGUUUUUCUCCAAACAAAUUGAUGGCUUUAGUACCUUUCAUAUCCUUUUGAUUUCCAUUUUUUUCCUCUUUUCUUUAUUUUUCGAUUUUUUCUAGGGGGCAAGCAACCGCGAUGCAACGCCCAUGAAUUCAACCAGCUAAAAUACCCCCCAGUGUCCCAGACCAGCAAAAUAAUGAAAGACUACUCAUCAUAAAACAUGUACACAAAAAUCAGCUUCCCAGAUAAAAGCUUAAUUUUAUUAAAGUAUGAUUCAUCCUUACAUGUACUGAAAAAAUAAAAAAACAAAACAAUCAUUCCUUCUGCUGAACACAUUUUUAAUAGAGUUUCUCUUGAUGUUUUUACACUCCAAAAACUAGAAUAAAACCUCUAUAAUGUACGAGAAGAACACAUACAUAUAACUAGUUUUACUAUUUUUUUAAAAAUAAACUUUGUGGAAUUGUAACCAUGGCUCCUAUUCCUCCAUGGUUUAACACAGAAAAA